AUGGCGCCGGCUCGCGCGAACUCGCGGCCACAGGUUUCUGAGCGCCUCGUGUUGAUCCCAGCCAUCUACAAGAACAGCACGACUGGCUACAAGAACGUGGCCUACGACCGCUGCAGUAAGAAGUUCAAGGCGCAGGUGCGGGAUGGCGGCAAGCAUGUCCACCUCGGCUACUUCGACACCGCCGAAGAGGCGGCCACCGCCUACGCUCGGUCAGAGUACGGCCGCGCCGACGCCGCCAAGCUGCUGCAGCCCCGCCCUACUACCACUGCCGCUGGCGCCGAGGUGAUACGGCAGGCGGAGAGGGAGGGCCUGACUCUGGUCGCCAGCAGCAGCAACAAUAGCGGCUACAAAGGCGUGAUCUUCAACCCGAACCAGAAAGGCAGCAAGAAGUACAAGCUGCAGGCGAGGGUUGGAGGCAAGCAGGCCACCCUCGGCUGCGGCUACAAAAGCGUCUGCUACCGCCCGAAGAAGCGAGGCAGCAAGAAGUACAAGCUGGAGGCAGUCCGGCAGGCGGGGAGGGAGGGCCUUACACUGGCCACGAGCAGCAGCAGCAACAGCGGCUACAAAGGCGUGACCUUCUACCCGAAGACGCAAGGCCGCAAUAAGUACGUGCUGCAGGUGAGGGUUGGCAGCAAGAUGACCCUUCGCGGCUGCUUCACCACCGCCGAGGAGGCGGCGCUGGCGCGUGCGCGGCACCUGUGGGACGCAACCGUCCGCUUGCUCGAGCCGCAGCCGCAGCAAGCAUCGCCGCAAGGCGUAGCAGGGCCUUCUGAGGCCAGCUACGAGGAGGAGGACGGCUUCGACCCGGCGGACACUGCCGACGCCACGGCUCGCUCGCUGCUCUCCGAACCGCCGCCUUCCGCGAGCGAGCAGAGAGCGGCGAGGCGGCAGGCGUGCGCAGUGGAGGUGGAGGCAGCGGUAGAGGUGGAGAGCGAUGAGGAGAAGUCGGAGAUGGAGGCUGCCGCCGUUGCGGGCGUGUCCGCGGCAGCAGCAGCAGCCGAGGAGCGCCAAGAGUGCGCCAUUUGCUUGGACGACCUCAGCUCGCACCCCGAGGCGCGCCUGCAGCCGCGCAACCCGAAUGGCUGGGGCGCCACGCGCUGCUGCAAGAACCUCUUCCACUACCGCUGCCUGCAUACUUGGCUCAACGACGACAGCGAGGUCGAGACGAGCCGCGGGAUGGAGCCGAUCAACACGGCUUGCCCUUGCUGCCGAGGCUUCGUGUCGAAGUCGAAGCCAGCGGCGUUCGAACUGGCAGAACCCUCGACCAGUUUCCACGUCACAAUGAUGCGGCUCGUCUUGCUGGCCAGGAUCCUCCUCCUUCUCUGCCUCGCCGCGUCUCGGACUGCGGCGGCCAAGGCCAAGGGGAAGAAGUCCGACGCCGCGGACGAGCUUUUGUACCUCACCGACAGCACACUCGAAGUAGCACUCGAGGCGCACCCUCUGCUCCUCAUCUCGGUUUCGGUGCCGGGGUGCGGCGUGUGCGACGCCGUGGACAAACGGCUGCGCAAGGCCGCGCCGGAGCUGCGCGUCAAGGCCAAAGCUGCAGUCAAGCUCGGCCAGCUCCGGAUCGACUCUCCAGACAGCCCUGUGUUGGGGCGAAUCGUGCAGGGUGCGCUGUCGCUGCCCAAGCUGAUCGUUUUCCGCGAGGGCGAGGCGCUCGACUACACCGGCGACGACUCCAAGGAGUCCAUCGUCAAGACGAUGCUCGCGCUGGCCUCGCGCGACACGGUGCAGACGCUGCGCUCGGUCAAGCAGGCGCAGAGCCCCAGCUGGCACAACGACACAGCCUCGGCCGAGCGGUUCCUGCACCUCGACUCGUGGAGCUCUCAACACGCGGACGAGGAGAAGCCGCCGCGCGUCGUCGGCUUCUUCCCCUCAAACGCGUCCGCCGCCUACCCGGCGCGCAAGCUGCAGGGCCUCAUCUCCUUUGGAGAGUGCUUCGACGCAGCGAUGCAGCGGAAGUUCCUCGGCGCGCCGGCGAAGAAGGCGAGAUCGCACGAGAUCGAACGAGAUCGAAUGAGAUCGCACCAGAUCGAACGAGAUGAGCCGGGAUCGCACGAGAUGGCCUGA